AAAAUUAUUCGCUUUGCUUACAAACAGUUUGUACCGAUUUCCAAUACAGCCCCUGGAUGCUGAUCCCCAUUCGGGUGACUGCCCUCUGGUAAUUGCGUGGGCUACACUUGCUGUCAACGAGUCCAAGUGCCUUGUUGAUCUUGCCCCCUCUUUGCAAACUGCCCUCCAACCUUCUAGGGUCGUUCAGCUCCUGGAACUCCAUCUCUUACAAAUGGUUUCAGUUUCCCUUGUUCCACCUCUAUACUCCCGCUAUGGCUUCCCGAGCUCUGGAAUACUGUCCCUGAACCAGUUCCUCAGUUGUUCUAAAUAACUCGGUGUCAAAUGUCGCCUGGUCUCAAUCUUUCUAAUAAUGGAAAAAAGUAUAAGGUCACAUUCAUGGAAUGAUAUGCCUGCAGCCCAGAGUCUCCCUGUUCUACAACACCCCGCCAAGGCCCUACUAUUCAUUGUGCCAAUACGGGAGAUCAGCGAGCAGCCGAUCUUCACCAGCAAAGCUCAUGUCUUCCAGAUCGACCCCACCACCAAGAGGAACUGGCUGCCCUCCGGCAAAUACCCGCUCACCGUCUCAUACUUCUACGAUGGAUCGAGGAACAGUUAUCGCAUCAUCAGCGUGGACGGAGCCAAGGUGGUCGUGAACAGCACCGUCACCCCCAACAUGACCUUCAGCAAAACCUCACAGAAGUUCGGCCAGUGGGCAGACAGCAGAGCGAACACCGUCUUCGGUCUGGGCUUCCCCUCAGAGCUGCAGCUGAGCAAGUUCGCCGAGAAGUUCGAGGAGGUGAAGGAGGCGGCGAGGUUGGCGAGGGACCGCUCACAGGAGACGACAGAGAGUUGCAGCACCCACUCCCAGGAGUCCAGUCAUGAGGCCCCAACCUCACCACAAGCAUCGAGUGUGAAUGGAACCAACGAUGAGAAAGGCGAUGGCCCGUCCACCAUUGAAUCCCUCCUGAGGAGUAACAACCACCGGAUCAACCCGGUGAAGAAGUGGGAGCAGGAGCUGCGGACUCUGGCCGAGAGCAACGCGCGGCUGGGCGCGGCGCUACAGGACUCGGCCGGCACCGCCGACCACUGGAGAAGCCGACUGGAGCACUGCAAGGAGGAGGGCGAGCGGCUGCGGGAGAAGAUCGUGGAGCUGGAAGCUCAGAGCGUGGACGUCGGCAAGGAGAGGGAGCAGAAUUCCCGGCUCAGCCAGACUGUGCGGCUGCUGGAGGAGCAGAUCAGCGAGAAGGAGCAGGAGCUGGAGAGGCUGAGAGCGGAGGUGCAGGUUAUCCCAGGCCUGCUGGAGCAGUGUGAGGGGUUACAGCACCAGCUGCAGAGCGCAGAGAGCACCAACGCAGAGCUGGAGAGCAAGUCCAAGACGAUGAAGUGUAAUGUGGAGGAAAGCCAUCGGAAGCACGGGAACCUGGUGAAGGAACUCAAUACCUUCCUCACGAUCCUGGAUGGGAAAAUUGAUGAGCUUCACGGAUUCCGACAGGGACUUGCUAAAUUGGGGAUGAACAAGUGAUGAGGGGAGACCCUCAGGGUGGGAAUUGUGAGAGGGGACCAUUCAAAUUCAGUGGGGGAAGAUUCGACACCUGACCCAGAUGCUCCACAUCUGGCUGCUGCUCUACCUUGACCCGAGGGUCAGCCUCCUGUGAGGGUCAGUCAGGCACAAGGGUGUUGCUGGUAACACCUACCCUUGAUCUGAGUGGCUCCCUGGACCUUAGAUGGGUCUGGAGUUGCUCAGCUGAGACUGGCAAUGAUGUCCCCCACCCCAAGGACAUUCGUGACCAGGUUAGGUAUCCAGGAGUUUUGUGUCAUUGUUACUAAAACCAGCUAUUUUGUAAAUUCCAGAUUAUUAAAUGAUUUAAAAUUGCACAGC